CCACUUUCUCUCAUUGUCUAUUUCAACUUCGAAAUUUCGAAUUUCUUCUCCUCCCUCCGUUUCACUCUUCCUUCUCUUCCAAUCCUCUCUGCUCUCCAUUCUUCAAGAUCUAGGGUUCAUCCUUUCACCCCCAAAUUUCUCAUCCUUCCCCUCUCCCCAAACCCUAACUCGGCGAAGCAUUUCUUCAUCGUCAUCUCUGGUUUUUAUUUUGUUGUUUUGGCGCAAAUGGAGCAGCUCAACGCCAAGCUGUAUUCCAAGUACCAGAAUCUCAAGAAGAGGAAGGGAUUCGAGGAGGAGGAGUGGUUUCAGAAGUUAGAGUCCGACUUGAGAAAGAGCAAAUUGGCUACGGAAGAUAUGAUAGAAAAUCUGAAGAAUGAAAAUAACCGGCUGCGUGCACAAAUGUCUUCCAUUCAGGAUCAGUAUGAUGAAUGCCAAAAACUUCUGUUUGAAGAGAGACAAAAGACAAGAGGGAUUUCUAAUGAAAUUGGAAGGCUUCAGGAGCUGCUAUCACAAAGGAAUCAUCAUAAUGAUGCUGCAUUGCCAUUAUCUCCUCAUACAAGUCCUGCUGUUAUCUCAAGGCAUUUAUCAGGUGAUUCUCCAGGAAAGACUGUCGCACGUGCAUUACCAUUUGGAAGUCCUGCGACCAGGUCUGGAGGUGCACAUAAUAGUUCCCUUACAAAAAAGAGACGAAGUUCAAGCCCUGAACAAAUUGAUCUUCAUUGCAAAGAAGCAGCUACUUUGUACAAUAAUAACACAAAAGAGCCUGUUGUGCCAGAUUGCUGUCGAGGAAACUUGAUACAUUCAACAAGCAAAGGUUACCAUAGUUGUGUAUUUCAAGCCUUUUUGGAGCAGAUAGUUGGCAUGGAAUUUUCGGUUAGCAGUCAGGGACAAGGAUUAUCGCUUUCUGUCAUUCACCCAAUGAGUGGCUACACAUUCAGCCUCUCAUGGAUAGCGGAUGAAGAUGGAAGUGAAGGCGACUUGAUGUACCGUGUUUCUUCAUUGGGGACUCUAGAAAGGGUUGCCCUAGAGUGGAUGAAGGAGGACAUUAUUUUCAGCAUGAGAAUGUGUCCUGUUUUCUUCGAGAAAAUAUCCCGUGUUAUCGGUCAUCAUCGAUGACUAAAUUUACAGCAUCAAGAAGGAUUUGAAAUGCCAGGAGCAACCGAGCAAGUUUCUAAACAGUGAAUUGCCUUCAUGUGUACCAUUGAUGAUUUCUUUUUGAUUUUGUAAUUUACUUCCUAAAUCACCUUUUCCAAGGAUAUGAUCUACUGGAAAAUAUUCUGUUGUAUUUUUCUUUAUACGACGGUUAGUGUUUCGCACAGGUUGUGGUUAUAUAUAAGUUUGACAAAAGCCUGUAAUUCUUACACAGCCCAUAAAAAUUCAGUAACUAAUCAUUAUAUAGCCUGUAAAAAUUAUUU